AGGCCUGGCGUACCGCCUGGACUCCUCCGACCUGGUGCUCGGCAGGCAGGGGACCGAGUGCCUGCUGGCGCUCCAGGAGUCCCCGGACAGCAAGUUCAUCCCGGAGGCCUGAGGCCGACCUCGCCACACGGGGCCUCUGGGCUCGUCCUCGGGGACGUCUUCAUGCGCAGGUACUUCGUCGAGUUUGAUUGGGAGAACGCCCACCUCGGGUUCGCAUGCACGCACGCGGACCACUUGUGCCCCAACGGCACCGGCAGCGCGCCCGACGAGCCCCCAGAGCCACUCCCGAUAUGCCAAGUGCAGGAGAUCUUCGGCUGGAUUCUGCUGGCCAUGUUCGGCUGCUGUGCGGUGUGCUGCUGCUGCACGGCGUACUUCUGCUGCGGCAAGCCGCGGCAGGCCGCCUCCGCGCGGGUGGCCCUGGUGCAGCCCAUGGCCCGCCCGGGCGUCUGCAGCGCCCCGGCGCAGCUCGCCCACCAGCCGCGCGCCGGCGCCCCGGCGCUGCCCCUCUCCCAGGAG